AUGCAUGAUUUUGACUCACUUCACAAAUUCAUACAUCGGGAUGUAAAUGAUCCUAUGUUUCCUGAAUAUUUUGGGCUAGAAAAUCAGACUGUAAUAACAGAGUUUAUCCUGUUGGGACUCUCCAAUGAUCCACAAAUAGAGGAUUUUCUUCUUUUCUUGUUUAUGAUCAUUUUUUUAGUCACCAUCCUGGGAAAUAUAACCAUUAUAUUGGUGAUCAGGUCUGAGCUUCACCUUCAGACCCCCAUGUUCUUCCUUCUCAGUCAUUUAGCUUUUGUUGACAUCUGCUAUUCCUCAGUCACUGUCCCCAAAAUGCUGUCAAACUUCGCAACAAAGCAGAAAACCAUUUCCUGGGAAGGAUGCAUUGCACAGAUUUCCUUCUUUUUCCAAAUUGCUUGUACAGAAGUGUUCAUCCUCUCAGCAAUGGGUUAUGACCGAUAUGUGGCUAUCUGUGACCCCCUGCGUUACAGCAGAUACUUGACAAAAGAGUUAUGCAAUAAAAUGGUGGGUGGAGCUUGGCUCCUGGGUUUCUUUUAUGCUAUGAUGAAUGCACUACCUUUGCUAAAUCUUCAUUUUUGCAGCAACAAUAUCAUCAGACAUUAUGCUUGUGAGCUUCCUUCACUCUUGGCCUUGGCUUGUGCAGACACCUUCACUAAUUAUAUCACUCUUUUAAUAUCUGUGUUGGUAUUUGGUUUUAGCUCAUUUCUUAUAACCCUUGUCUCUUACAUUUAUAUCAUUUCUGCCAUCCUGAAAAUUCAUUCAGCAGAAGGCAGGCAGAAAGCUUUCUCCACAUGCAGUUCCCAUCUCAUUGUGGUGGGCUUAUUUUACAUUUCAGCUUUUGUUUGUUACCUGAAGCCAAGUUCCGAAUCAGUCAUGGAUCUGGACAAAGUCAUCUCUAUACAGUAUAGCAUUUUAAGUCCUAUGUUAAACCCAAUUAUCUAUAGCCUGAAAAACAAAGAGAUCAGAUCUAGUGUACAGAAACUAUUUGGAAAGCGUAGACCUGUUAUUUAUCCAUGA